AUGUCAUCUCGAAUUGAUCAACCACAAAUUAUUUUAUUAAAAUCUCAAAUUGAAUAUGCAAGAACAGAUGAACAAAAAUUAACAAGUUUAGAACCGGUUCUAAAUCAAGAACAACAUUAUCUUAAUUCUUAUGUUGAUAAAGUUAAAAAAUUCAAACCCGAUAUUCUUAUUGUGGAAAAAAAAAGUUAGCCGUUACAACAAUUGUUUUAUUUUAAUAGUAGUUUACUAAUGACAUUUACACGAAAGAUUUCUUUAUGAGUCAUUACAUCAAGAGACGAUCUCGACUGCUCAGUUGAUGUUCAGAUUUUUCACUAAAACGUUCACAAGUAUUUUCCCUUUGAAGUUUCUAACAUAUCGUUGCAUUACAUGCCGCCAUAGUGGCCAGUUUUCUAAUAGCAGACGGACAUCCAAAUUAUUUGCUCGUAAAUCGUUUCUUCUUGAAUAAUUACCAUUACUUACGAGGACCCAUUCCCAGGUGAUUCACCCCGUUUUCGUUCAUAUCCUUA